AUGUCGAGACUUAACCUUUGGCUGAAGUCAAAGGUGGAAUAUCCCUCGAGGCCUAAGAUAAAUAAUAUGCUAGAGAAAUUCCGCAUUCUUGACGACGUUACAAUUGGUCAAAUACCUAAGGGAGCGGACAUGUACACAGGGGUUGGAAUCCCGGAUGGAGCCUUAGUGCUCCCACCAUCUCACCUAGAGUUUAUUAGGUUUUCGCUUCACCCCUUAUUUCACCUUGUGUUGAAUUCUUUGAACCUCUACCCUAUGCAGUUAAAUCCAAACUCAUACUUAUUGAUCAGUGGUAUGCGAGCAAUUGGCCUCAAAUGGGGGGUGUCGCUAGGCUUCGUAGAUUUCUCUUACUACCAUUACGUUGCCACAAUUAGAUGUGAGACUGAGUAUUUCUACCUAAUCCCUCGACCUACUCGUAAGUUCUUUGGCUACAAACCGUCUUCCACAAAAGCUUGGAAGACCCAACCCUUGAUGAUUACCCGGAAUUGGGCAGCCCCUGAGAUGUCUUGUAUUUCUAUUCCUUCAUCAUUCGGGCAUGAACCUGUGCCCAACCCAACCCGUUCGAAUAUUGUCCUUGCUCAUGAGCAGAUUCAGUGUCUGAACUGCCACUUGGAGGGUCAAGAUUGGGAUGUUCAGUACUUCUUCGAUCCCAACACACUUCUUCAUAUCUCUCAAGAUCGAGAUAACAUCAUUUACCCAUCUUAUCUGAGGGUUGAUCUUAGUGCAGAUCUACAUGAGACAAAAUUAGUUGGUCACAUAGUUAGCUUUGAUCGAGUUCUUCAAUUUGAGGAGGAUUCCUCACAUCACAUCCAAAGGAGUUACACAGAGAGACAUACUCAAAAGGAAGAAGAUAGCGGUGGUUACUCCCAAGCUGUCUGA